AUGGGCUUUGAUGUCCAAAACCCUCUUAGGAUGAGCGACUUGUGGCUCUUUCUCUCGAAUGGAUCGCUUCGUCAGUGCCCAGGCUGCUUGUUUCUCGGUAGGAAGGCCUCCCUCUCAAGUGGGCUUUUAGUUUCCGGCAAACGAAGUGCCCAGCUAUGCUGGAAACGAAGACUCUCGCAAAGGAUUCGUGCUACGUCUUUGUUUGAGCUCAACGAGAAUGACUCCAAAGGUGGUGGUGGUAACUUUUUGAAGCUAGCGGGAGUGAUUGGAAGUGCUACUGCUCUUAGCAAAGUCUUGGGAUUACUUCGUGAGCUUGUUCUUGCUGCUGUAUUUGGUGUUGGUCCUGUUGUAGAUGCGUUCGGAUAUGCGUCCAUUGUACCAGGAUUUUUUCUGACAAUCCUUGGAGGAAUCAAUGGACCAAUCCACAUAGCAAUGGUAUCGGCCUUAAGCAAGAUCUCUGAAGAAGACAGAAAACGAGAACUCAUUGGAAGAACUUCGCAUGCCAUGUUUGUGAUAUCUUUGAGCCUUGGCAUUCUCAUGUACACAUUAGCGGCUUUUCUUAUUGAUGCAAUCGCACCAGGAUUGUUAUUGAAAACAAGCGGUGGAUUGAUCACGAGAAGCAUGGCUAUACUUCAGCUGAGAAUCAUGGCGCCUUGUGCAACACUCGCGUGCUUGAUGGGAAUUGGCUAUGGAAGUUUGAGUGCCUCGGGAAGAUACGGGAUUGCAUCCUUGAGUCCUGCUCUAUCAAGCAUAUCGAUCAUUCUCGCUGCUGCGAUUCACUGCAAGCUUUGCGAUCCUUUGAACUUAAUGAAUGGAGGUGUUUUACUCGCUUUGGCCUCGACAGUGGGAGCCUUGGCUCAAUGGCUUUUGCAGAUCUUUGCUCAAGAUGAUCGAGGUCGUGUAGUUUUGAGAUGGGAAAAUCCUUUUGCAGACAAAGAUGUCAAGGAGGUGUUGUUACUUAUGAUGCCUGCGACCAUAUCCUCCGGAAUGCUUCAGCUCGCUACUUACACAGACCUUUACUUUGCAUCAUACUUUCCAAACGCUGCUGCAGCUCUCGGAUAUGCAAAUCUUCUCGUCAUGGCUCCCUUGGGAAUCAUCUCCAGCGCGGUCCUGUUACCACUCGUUCCAGUUUUCUCCAAGCUUUCACAGCCUUCGAACUGGCCAGAACUUCGAGCUAAGAUCCACCAAGGCAUCACGCUUUGCAUGGCGCUCACGCUUCCAAUGACCGCUCUCGCGAUCCCUCUCGCAAAACCGAUCGUCCGAGCUCUCUUCCAGCGCUACGCAUUCGACGACUCCGCCGCUCAAGCCGUAUCAUCGCUCGUCAAGCACUAUGCGUUGGGCUCUACGUUCUACUUGCUUCGCGACCUCCUUGUGCGCGUUUUCUACGGUCUCGGCGAUGGCCAGGCUCCAUUUUACGUGAGCUUGGCUGCCAUCUUCGCGAACGCUCUCUUGGACUGGGUGCUCGUUGCAAAACUUAAUCUCGGUCCCAGUGGCUUGAUAAUGGCCACUUCGAUCGUGAAUCUUCUCUCCACCGCUGCGCUCUGGCAAAUCCUCUCGCGUAGAAUUCAAUGAAGAAGAUCCACCACCGUCGAUUUUUUAUUCCCAUC